AUGGCGGACAAACCAAAGAGAACAGCAACUGGCAGUACAGAUAAACCACCUUCAAUCAAAAGGAAAACUGUGACAAAAACCAUAAAGGGCUCCGGCCAAGUUCAUACCGAUAUAGACACAAAGACAGCAGAGUUACCAACUCAGGAAACACAGGGUGAAAAGGUUUUGAACCUCUUGGAAAUAGAGGAAGCCGAAAAACUGCACCACCAGACAGGGUGGAGUGCAGAAAAGGAUGAACAGGGACCGCAGACCUCAGACUUGCUUUACUCUUCACCAAAUCUCGACGAGGCAACAUCAUCAUCUCCUGUGUUAUCAAGGACUGGUGCAAGCCUCUUACGAAUACGCACACAGAUUAAACAGGCGAGGGCUGCAGAAGCCAAAGAAGCCCUAAAAACGUUGUCGGAGACUGAAGACACCGCAGAGUCGGAUAUUGACAGUGGAGACACUAACACGUCCCUCAAUACUUCCACGAGGUCAAUUGGAGGAAACCGGAUGCUCCUUAAUGAUUUGCCCAGACAUGCCAAUGAAGUGCUGCAAAGAACGAAGGCAGAGUUGGAAAAAUCUGGAAAUCUAAAGAGGGAAAUCCGGGAAAGUGUCGUCUCGGGGAUGUAUACAUUAUAUGAAAUGGUCCUCAAAUUGUCUGAUUCGAGAAUUUUACACAUUCUUGAAUCCAGCAAACAAAAACUAAAUGUCUCACGUGAAUCAGAAAGGCUCACACAAAGGCAUGCAAGGUUCAUGCACGAGACUUUAGGACAAUAUGCUAACUUAAAAGAGAACGUAGAAAAGCUUUUGAAAGAAACAGAAUCUACCCGAUCAAUUGUCUCGUUCAUCCAUCUCGAGUCAGAUGCAAUUCUUGAUGGAGGAACUAAAGCAACUUCGGGCGAACACCGAACCCUUAAGAACCCUACUCGUCAAGAAAUUGACUUAUCUCGCUUCGCCGAAGAGCUGCAGGAACUCCGUCAGGCGGUUAGAGAACUCACCAAAGAUAGGGUAAUCCCGCAGACACAAAGUAGUGAACACAGCCCAGAGAUACCAAACCAAGAGAUGUUAUCGGAAAAACAUCACAAAAAAUUUAUCGAGGAACUUCAGGAUCAUAUCUCAGAAAUCAAAGCACAAAUAACAGCAGAGGUAGCAGAAUUAAGGCACGAAAUCCUGAAGAUAACGAGAGAUAUCAAAGGAAUAACUGAUGCCUCAUUCAAUUCUCAGCUACCCUCAGUCCAGGCAAACCUGGAAGAACUGAGAAGAGAGACGAGAGAACUGCGAGACACCACGGUGGAUUCAGCAGCUCCAAUUAGAGUUGCAAUAGAGAGCCUCAGAAAAGAGCUAAAGAACCAACCAGGUGUAAAUGAAGCAGACUUCACUGGUAACAACUCUCAACUAAAAGGGGAUGAUAUAAACGAUUACGAGAAAAGAGAUCAAGCAACAGUAUUCAAGCAUAAAAGUUUCACACGUACAUUCUCAGAGGUGGUGAUGAAGCCACAUUAUCCGGUGAUAGUGGAAUCGGCUGACCCUAGGAACACUAGCGAUGAUAUCAUAAAACAG